AUGGAAGCUCUAUCAGCAUUCCUGGGAUCUGGAAGCUUGUUCCCAUUCUUCAUCAUGAUAUCCGGUAAUAUGUGUCGAGCAUUGACACAACAUGCAUUUGGUGUUUUUGACCCAGAACUCCCUUUCCUAUUGCUGUAA